CGGCGGGCGGCGCGGGGCCGUAGGGCAGCGGCACGCCGGGCCGGGAGCGGGGACGCCAUGGGCAGCCGCGGCGGCCCCCCGCGCCCCGCCGCGCCUCUGCUGCCAGCGCUGGUGCCGAUGCUGGCGUUGCUGGCGGCCGGGGCGGCGGAGGCGCGGGCCACCUCAGAGAGCCAGCUGCCCGGCGCCGCGGCCAUGGGCACCGGCACCCCGCCGAGCCCCAGCGGCACCACUUUCGAGGAGACGCGGCUCCACGUCUUCACCCUGGACUACCCCCACGUGCAAAUCCCCUUCGAGAUCACCCUCUGGAUCCUGCUGGCCUCCCUCGCCAAGAUCGGCUUUCAUCUCUAUCACAAGUUGCCCUCAAUAGUACCUGAAAGCUGUCUCCUCAUUCUGGUUGGACUGCUUCUUGGUGGGAUUAUUUUUGGAGCAGAGGAGAAGUCUCCACCUGUAAUGAGCAGUGAUGUUUUUUUCUUGUAUCUUCUACCACCCAUUGUACUUGAUGCUGGAUAUUUUAUGCCAACUCGCCUUUUCUUUGAGAACUUUGGUACCAUAUUCUGGUAUGCUGUGGUGGGCACCCUCUGGAAUGCCAUCGGCAUUGGAAUUUCACUUUAUGGGAUUUGCCAGAUCAGUGCAUUUGGUUUGACUGAUAUUACAUUGCUGCAGAAUUUGCUCUUUGGCAGCCUCAUUUCAGCUGUGGAUCCUGUGGCAGUGUUGGCCGUUUUUGAAAACAUCCAUGUAAAUGAGCAGCUUUACAUCCUGGUGUUUGGAGAGUCUUUGCUGAAUGAUGCUAUAACUGUGGUCCUGUACAAUUUGUUCAAGUCUUUCUGCCAGAUGCGCACAAUUAAGGUUAUUGACAUAUUCGCUGGGAUUGCUAACUUCUUUAUAGUGGGGAUCGGUGGAGUAUUGAUUGGAAUCCUUUUGGGAUUUGUAGCAGCCUUUACCACCCGUUUCACCCAUAAAAUCCGAGUGAUUGAGCCACUCUUUGUCUUCCUGUACAGUUACUUGUCAUACAUAACAGCUGAAAUGUUUCACCUCUCGGGCAUCAUGGCGAUUACAGCUUGUGCCAUGACCAUGAAUAAAUAUGUGGAGGAAAAUGUUUCUCAAAAAUCCUAUACGACGAUAAAGUAUUUCAUGAAGAUGCUGAGCAGUGUCAGUGAGACCUUAAUCUUCAUCUUCAUGGGAGUGUCUACAGUUGGGAAGAACCAUGAGUGGAACUGGGCCUUUGUUAGCUUCACCCUCCUUUUCUGUUUAAUCUGGAGGGCACUGGGUGUUUUUGUUCUGACUCAGAUCAUUAAUGUGUUCCGGACAAUUCCACUGACUUUUAAGGACCAAUUUAUUAUUGCCUAUGGAGGCCUCCGAGGAGCUAUUUGUUUUUCACUUGUGUUUCUGCUUCCUUCUGCUGUGUUUCCCAGGAAGAAAUUAUUCAUUACUGCUGUUAUUGUGGUGAUAUUUUUUACAGUUUUCAUUCAGGGAAUAACAAUUCGCCCACUGGUGGAGUUUCUUGAUGUCAAAAGGUCAAAUAAAAAGCAACCUGCUGUCAGUGAAGAAAUUUAUAAUAGGUUCUUUGACCAUGUGAAGACUGGAAUUGAAGAUGUCUGUGGACACUGGGGUCACAACUUUUGGAGAGAUAAGUUUAAAAAGUUUGACAAUAAAUACCUGCGAAGGCUUCUAAUCCGGGAGAACCAGCCCAAAUCCAGCAUUGUUUCUUUAUACAAGAAGCUGGAAAUCAAACAUGCCAUUGAGAUGGCCGAGAGCGGAAUGAUAAGCAAGGUGCCAUCAUCAGUGUCUCUCAGUGAAUAUCAUGAAGGAAAGAUAAAGCCACUUUCUCCCACUGAAAUGGAAAACAUGCGGGAAAUAUUAACAAAGAAUCUCUAUCAAAUACGACAUCGGACAAUGUCAUACAACCGACAUAGCCUGGCUGCAGAUGCCAAUGAGAAGCAGGCCAAAGAAAUUCUGAUCCGUCGCCGGCACAGCCUUAGGGAGAGCCUGAGGAAAACAAACAGCCUGUCAAGAGAAAGACCGGCUGCUGCAAAUACAAAAAGAUUCCUUUCACUUCCUAAAAACACUAAACUCCCAGAGAAACUACGAGUGAGAAAUAAAACAUCUUCCAGAGUAGGUGACAGCAGCGACUCUGAAAUGGAUGCCGCUACCACGGUGCUCAAUCUAAGACCCAGAGCAGGGAAAAUCUUGAGAGACCAGAGACUGAGACAGCAGAGGCCACCACCUGAGUUUAGGGUGGAGUGGAAGAAUGAAGUUGAUGGGAACCCGGAUGGACAAGGAGAGCAGCAGGAGCAAAGUGCCUUGCCUCAGCCAUCCGUUGGGUUCAGGCAGCCACUGUUGACGAGACCAAGAUUUGGCACUUUGAGCAGGGAAGAUCUGACUGCAGACCACGGAUCAGCAAGACCUGUGCCACCACCACGGUUAGUUAGGCAGCCGUCGCAAGGGGAAAGGCAGAGAAACAAGCCUGAGAACCAGCCGUACUGAACACUACAAAAAGAGAACUAUUGGUGGUAAGCAAUGGAUAUAUCGAGUUAGGAUUCUAAACUAUCUGAUCAGACUAUGGGAUCCAUUAAAGAAAACACCAAGACUCACUGUGGAUCUGACCACUAAGAGAAGUCAAUGCCGUUAACUAAGUGAAGGAAAUACUGGAGUUAUUGCAAAGCUGAUGAUAUGAAAAAAAACCAAAACCCAAUCUCUUUUAUAAAUAACUUAUGGCAAUGCUUUAAGUACAUUAUUUCCACUCUUAAGAUAGGAUGAAAUGUGCCUUAUCACAUCAUCUCUUGUGGAAGCAAGUCGUGCACGUUCAAUACCCAGUUAUCAUUGUUGAAAGUCUGGUGAUGAAUGGGUUCUCUAAAAAAUUUUGUAUCAUUUCAGAUUUUAUUUAUAAUCAAAUAAUACUUGUUUUAACCAAAGCUUUAAUAUGAGUAACACUGAAAAUUGCACAACGCACCUAUCAUAUAGACUUUGUAAGAAGAAUAAAUAUAUUCCUGAAGUCCAGUUUGUUUGAAAAGCUGUGAUGCAGAAACAAAGAGAAGGAAGACACUGUAGGAGCAGAAUUGCAAAUACAGUUUAUAGAAAGGAAUUGCCACUGAGACAAGACCUGAAUAGCUUGAAUUUUUACUUUCUGAACUUUUGGCAAUAAGUUACCUUUGAAAGGUACUGAGGAUCACCAAAGGAAAUCUGAAUUAGCUUGACUUUUGGAAAUGUCAACAAGAGCUGAGAGCACCCAGCAGGACAGCAGAAGAGAAAACUUAAAGUGGAUAAAUAAUUUUCUUAUUCAAAAUUGCUUUUUGCACCUUAGUUUCUUGGUUGCAGUGCAAACCCAGCAGUAGAAUACUUGCAGAGCGCUGCACGUAGACAAAGCGAGCAGUCUCCUGUUUGAGUCAGGGACCACUGAGACUCACAGAAAGCUGAUUCAUGCAUGCUUAUGACCCUGGUUAACUUGAUUUACUUUUUGUUUCUUUGUCUUUAAAAGAGGAAAGAUAAUCUUUUCUUUGUCUCAGCUAUGCACUUCAAGGAACAAAAAUGUUCCAUCUAAUUUCUUUGUACAGGAAAGUAGCACAGCGGUGCCCUGGAAUCAGUGGAAGUCACUGUGCACCUUAACAACAGCCAUAAAAACCACAGACGAUUUCAUACUUGUGUAAGUGGCUGCUGUUUGAGUGCAUAUGGGAAGGGAGGGUGCAUUAAAAUAAAUGAUACCCAACUGUAGCUCUCAGGAAUUUGCACUUUCUGUUGCACUUAACUGGUCUUAAGUUUUGAGCUUGCUUUAGCACAGAUACACAUUUCAGCACGAUGCAGAAAUCAUUUUUGUUCUUCUUGUUACAAGAUCGAUAACUUUAAUUGAAGAAUGUACACUGUGAAAUCAUGACUUUUCAUUUUCAUUAGCACAUUUCUAAAUCUGUGGGCAAUAAGAUGAUUUUUUUUUUUUUAAUUUAAGCUUGUUUUGAAAGAACCAUUAAAAAUAAGAAUUUCCUUUUAAAAUCACAGGGUAGACUUCUUUCAAGGGUUCAUGGGUGGGAUUGAUAAAUUAAUUUUAUAAAUGGGGAUUUAGGACUUUCCUUCUUCUAACAGCUUUUCCAAAAUCUUUAUUGCUUGUAUGUAUUUGAAAUGCCAAACCUUCCUAAACUCUUUUAUUGGCACAUGUCUUAGGGUUUUUUUCCUCUAUUCCAGCUAUGGAAGUUUCUGUUGUGUGUCAAAUACAAAUUUUAAGCUGCAGGUUUAAGCUGCAGAGGGAUUGACUAUGUGAACCCUAGAAAUCUCAGUCAAAUGUUCAUAGCUAUUCUCAACAAAUAAUUUUGUGGAGGGCAAGAUUUAGGUAUUCUUUAAUGAUCAUCUACUGUUUGGAAAUAAAACUGGGCUCAAAGCAAGUCAGAAAGCUUUUAAAACAAGAUUUAAUUUGUCUUUCAACAGGAAAAUAUGUUUCAUCAGUAAAAUUUUCAGUCACUGUCACUGCAUUAUUGGCAUUAUGUUUGAAUAAGAAAGAAGCUGCAAGCUUAGAUUUCAGUUUUGAAACCACAUCCUCUUUGCAGAUCAGACUGUUUAGGUGUAUUCUGUCAGGCCCUUCUGAAAUCUGACCAAAUAAAUAAAUAAACGUGAAAUGUUGCACAUUGACAUUUAGUUUACUCCCUGCAGAGUCUUUUCAUUCACCAGCUGGUAACGACCAGGCAAUUGACUCGUGUCUGGGGAAAGCUGCCUUUAUUUCAAAUGUUUGUUAUUUCUUUUGUGGCAGGAUUUUAAAUAAUGAAUGCAGGUUUCAGGAGCUGUACUACUGUGCUGGUUGCCCAAUAGUACAGUGCAUGUUCAGAUCACUGGUACGUAAAGUGGGUGUUGUCAUCAAAUGGGAAAUACUUUUUAUGAAAUACUGUCUUAAGUUCUUGGUGCUUCAAAGCGUGCUAUAGCGUGUUGUUACCUUUCCAAAGCACGUAGAGAUCCCCGAAAUACAAGCAUCAAGGCAGAUCUCCAGCAUGGUUACAUUGUGAAGCAGAAUCACAAAUCUCCUGGGACUAUCUCCUUGCAAGUGCUCUCUUCCUCACUUCUGCUCCUUUCACUCUUUCCUACUACUGCUAGGUCAGACCCUAGUUACCUCUGGGAACUGCUUUCCUUUCCUUUCCAGUAGCAAUGACAGCGGCAGGUGACACAGGCUGUGUCGCAGAUAGCCCUUCUCAUUCAACUUUUGCUCUGGUCUGGGUCACAAGUUUACAUUUUCCUAUCCCUUUCUUUUUCCUAGAAGUAAAAAAAAAAACAAGUGCACAUUUCGAUCUUUCUAAAAGACCGACAAACUUUAGCUUGCAAAGGAGACUUUGCUUUUAUUGUACUGAAGGGAAUUAUAGACUGAAGAAUGAAAGGCCCAAGAAAUCUGUGCUCGAGCACCAUCUGAUGGGCAAAGUCAUGUAUUGACUGGGGACAUGUUUUUGUUUUUCUUCGGGAAACCAGAUCACCAAUGACUGGGAAACUUGCCAAAUCCACAUACAAUUUUGUAUUUUUUUUCUUCCAGAUGGACCUCCCAGUACACUUCGUAGUACUGAUAUUUUACUGCCUUGGUCAGGAAGCACAAUUCCCAGUUGUCCAGUCAUAGGGACAGUAGGAAAAUAUAUAUGUUACAUUGUGAAUUAAGGUUUUCUGAGAUUUUUUUCCUCCUUCAGUUGAAGAGAUGACUACAAAUUGAAAGUAAAUAGGAUAAGAAAGUAGGUAUAGCUGCUUUAACAGGGGGGUUGGACUAGAUGAUCUUUAGAGGUCACUUCCAGUCCCUACCAUUCUGUGAUUCUGUGAUAGCAAGGGCCAGAGGAUAGAUAGACACUCAGUUGUCUCUUUUAAGCAGGUAUUUGAAAGAGUAAAAAAGAAUAAUUAGCCAUGAGAGCAAAAUUUUAAGGGCUAUCCUACUUGGUACUAAAGUAUAAUGCAAUCUCAACUGAAACCACAGGUGUUCAACAGAAGAAAACCAUGCUGCAUAACAAUUUGAGGCUUGAGAAUAUCCCUCUCCCCCGAAGCUACAUAGAGACACAAAUUUGGCCCAAAUAACAUCCCCGCUGUUAUGAAAAGUAUCUUGGGGUAUCUGGGAGCAAACACACUGCACCCUGUAUCUUUUUCAAGAGAUGCCAAGUCCACCCAUUCCAGACACCAGCAACAUUUUAAGGCUAACACUGCAAGAAAUGCUUCAGCUGGUCAUCUUUUCCAAAAUUGGAGGAAUGCUUCUUGUACUACAAAGGCUCUAAUGCUAUAAAAAUAUGCUUGUGAAUAUGCUUAAAACAUGGCAUCCACAAUGCACAGCCCCAGCCAGGCCAACAGUAGAUUGGAGGCUUAGGCCAGAAGACAUGAUGGAGGGGGUAUCAAGUCCAAGCAUGUGAAGGAGGAACUGCUUUAGGACACGAUAGAGAGAGGAUUCAUGGACUACCUGAUUCCGGUGCUAUUUAAAUCUGGGAGGCAUAGGAGGACCAACUGUUCUCUAUUUUUGUCCCUCAUUUUCACAAAUCAUGAGAAAACUGACACUUUCUAGAUAAACCUGCAACUGUGCUUGAGGACCAUGAGGAAGCAGUCUUACAACUUUCAAGUCAUUUUAUCUCCCUCUUGGCCUAUUUAUUAGAUGGACAGCUACAUGGGGAGUUACUUAAAAAUAAUACAAGGCAUGUCAGCCUAACUGUCCUCUUAACAGUUAAAAGGACCUUAGCAUGUGGGAGUUAAAAUUGAGGCUGAAAAUUGUCCAUCUUGGAUACUGUGCUGACACUUGAGAAUCACACCCAUCAGAAGAAUUCUUUUUGCAUCUGGUAGGUGGACCUUCUAAAAUGACAACACGAUGGGAGACUGGGUUAGCAUUGUUCCUCUCCCAAGUUGGCAAACCCUGAUGUGGUUGCUGCACGGUGCUUUGGAAGCCUUUUUAUCAGUGUAGCAGUAGCUACACUGGCUGCUGAGGUGACUCUUAGUGGUUCAUGAGCUGAAAUGUGCUCAGGUUGAAAUUUAUGAUUUGAGAGUUACAAGAGCACCCUGGUUGCCUCAGGAUUUGUUUCAAAAGCAAUGUUUUGCUACAAAAAGGAAAAGGCAUUUUAAAUAUCCCAGUAUAUUUCAUUUAUUUUUGAUAUCUAAGACCUCCUAUUUAUUACAAAUCUAACAGAAUGGAAAAACAGUCUCUAUCACAUAGCAUACAUCAAAAAGAAUUAUUUGAUGCUAAUUUAGGAUUUAGAACAACUAGACUUGGCUUAAUUUUUUCUUGUAAGCUAACACAGAAGUUGUUCAAGACUUCCCUUUAAAACAAGCUCUACCAACUCUUCCAUUUUUAUGAGAAGAAAUCUGAGCUCCACUAAAAAUCAUUUGAUUCUCAACGUUCAGUCUCCAGUAUCCUCCCUUACAAAAUUUACAAUCAGCUCUUUGUGAUUGAAUCUUCCAAAUUACAGAAAUAACAGGACAGUUGAGUCUUGGGUUUUCAGAUCCCAAAGUGGCAAGCUAUAAAGCAUCACUUAUCGUGGGGUAUUCCACAGCACCCAAAACCAAAUGGUGGCUGGCAGCACCUGAACAGAGGUUCUUAUCAGCUACAAUGUGAUGGUAUUAUGGAAUCACAGAAUCACAGAAUCACAGAACAGUAGGGUUUGGAGGGGAGCUCUAGAGAUCAUCCAGUCCAACUCCCCUGCUAAAGCAGGUCCACCUAUAUCAGGUCACAUGGGAAUGCAUCCAGGCGGGUUGGAAAACCUCCAGAGAAAGAGAUCCCACACUUUCCCUGGUCAGUCUGUGCCAGGGCUCCCUCACCCUCUCAGGAAAGAAGUUUCUCCUCAUGUUCAAGUGGAACAUUCUGUGUUCCAGCUUGUGCCUGUUACUCCUUGUCCUCUCAAGAAUGAUGUUCCAGUCCCUUCAUCAUCUUGGUGGCCCUGUGCUGGACUCUGUCCAGAAAUUCCCCAACGCUGUUGAGCUGGGAAGCCCAGAACUGAACACAGGACUCCAGAUGAGGCCUCACCAGGGCAGAGUACAGGGGGAGGAGAAUUCACUUCAGUCUUGUGGCCAUACUCUUCUUGAUGCACCCCAGGAUGCUAUUGGCCUUCUUGGCCACAAGGGCACACUGCUGACUCGUGUUUAGUUUGCUGUUGUCUCUCUCUGCAGAGCUGCUCUCCAGCAGGUCAACUCCUAGCCUAAACAGUGCUUAAAGUAAUGAGUCAAUCACUCAGCAAGCAACACUUGUCUUGCUUUGUUGCUGCAUUAUCUGCUCAAUAAUCAACCUCUUCUCAGAAAGUGAGAAUGAUACUGACCUCUAUGAUGGUUUCUGCAGUGAGUAAAUUCAGAGAAAAGAAAAUGGGACAAGAAACUGAAAAUCUGCAGAACUGGUAUGUUUAUAAAGGAUCUCUUCAAAUGUAUGCAGCAUGCACCAACAUGGACUAGAUCUUACACGGGCUUCAGCAAUUAGAAGCAAGAGAAUCAGUACCUACCAUAUGCUAGCAGCCAUUUUACAGAAAGAAAUUGCUAUAUUAUGUACACAGUCUCUUCAACGUUAGUGGAUCAUAAGUCAGAAAAGUAGUCACUGCCUACUUGAAAGUGAAAAUUUCAAAAGGUAAAAAGCAAAAAAGACCCAAACCCUGCCUAUAAGCCCAAGAAAACCAACUCAAAACUGAAGUAACAGCAAGCAAGAGGAAAAUCUUAAUUUGCAGUGGUUUGCAAGCAGAAACUUUUUUCUUUAGUCCAUAUUCAGCUCUCUGUUUUGUUACAGUCUUCAGAUACUGCAAUUGGAUUCAAAUACUGCUGAGGAAUUCAGUAAAGCCCACUAGACUGAAGCCAGAAAUAGCUGCAACUGCUCCUCUCAAUUUAAAAGGGAGAAUCACAUCUCCUCACCUCCAGAAAUGUCACUCUCAUCACUCUCUGAACUUGCAUGGGAUUGGCAACUAAGAGACAACACAGAAGACCCAAGCAUGGUCUCCAGGCACUACAGUAGCUUUAAGCACUCCACCUCGAAACUGCUAUGUUCUCUAUUUGCUUUUAUUUCUUCUUUUCCAUUCACUGUCAAGCCACCUCUUGGUUGAAUCCUUGGCUCCUGUACCUUUUAUGUGAAAAGGAGGCAGACUCAAAGGAUCAUUUUAAGGAAUAUCUUGAAGAAAAAAGCCCCACAAGCAUCUGUACUUCACAUUGACUUGAACACCUCUGUUUCAUGCUAUAAUUUUAUCAGAGGGGAAAAAAACACAGUGACAAAAUGGUAAAUGUGGAAUGUCACUUCAUUUUAUUUCUAUUCCUUAAAAUAUUAAAAAAUGAGGGUGACUUUUCUGAAACUGAGGCUUUACUAAGAAAUGUUUCUGCAGCACUUCAGAGAUCAUACAAUUGUACAAGUGAAAAAGCUUUUCCUUCUGUAACAUCAGUUGCAACAUAUUCCCUGGAAAGUUUAAACAAGAACAGUGAAGUUUUGAAGUUUUUAUAAGCAGAAAAGCAAUACUCAAGCAGCUGAGUAUGUCAGUAUAAGCUGAACUUUAUGAUGGUUACAGAGUUCAGCUUUAAUCAUUGCAACAACUUAGAAGAGUAAAUGUCAUCUGUUACCUCAUAUAACCAACGAGCACAGUAAAACCACCAAAUCAUUCUUAUAUAAAAAUUUGUGAGGGUUUUUUUCCUAGCUUUUUCUUUCACCCCUUGCUGUAGGUGGCAAAACAGAAGUCCCUUAGUUACAGAAGGUGGUUUUAGCUAAAAAAAAAAAAAAAACAAGAAAAUAGGCAAUUUAGGGCAAGAAUGUUUUGGGGCAUCUACCAUGCAAGACAAGAGGAGAUAAGACACUUGAAAAUGCCUCGAGUUCCUAAGGAGAAAGGAAACACAGAUUAUCACAAUAAGGAAACUCUGAGGGUAUGUACUGAAAUCAUAGCAGCAGAAGAUACACAUAUGUUAUUAUCAAUAUAUAAAAUGAAAACAACUUAGAAUUCUACAUGUAUUCCCACAGUGCUACUCCCACUGGAAUCACUGAGGUUUCAACAAGGAUUUCAAUGAUAGCAGGCACUGGAAAAGGUCAAAAAGGAAAAAAAAAAGCAGAAAAACACCAUCUAUGACCUCCUAAACCAGCAACACUAUUUGCAUGGAUGUAUUCAAGGAGAUAAUUAAAUUGGUUUAAUACAAAAAAUACCCAAACCCAAAAGUCCAACAAUUACACGUAGUUGACUGUGUACUUUCAUCAAGUAAUACUAGAAGAAGAACAUGGAAUGUUAUCAGUGCAAAAUACAUAUUUUUGUAUGUUUCAAAUGAAAUGCAACCAGUGGUGACUGGCACGUAAUAUAAGCUUUAACAGUAAAUAGCACAGGAGAGUGCUACAGCUCUCAGGAUAGCUCUGAGAGUAACCUCUUGUUAGUUAAGCAGUGCAGAAAAAUGAAGACUAAAAUACCAACAAAUAAACAGUUUUCUCUCUUGUCACUGAAGUGCCAUUUAUGCCUCCAGAGAUGAGAGAGUAUGCAUUAAUCCAGAUCCAUGGACUACUGUUAGUUGCUCCAACGCACCUUUAACAGCCAUUUAAAAGAAUUAAGAAGCAAAUUUAUUUUUCAAAUGAAGGUAGAAAACCCGCACAAGAAGUAUUAAUAAAUAAUUUAUUAUAAAGAUGCUCAGUAGAAGUUAUUACUGAACAGAAACCACCAGCUCAAGUUGGAAUGAAGCUUACAUUGAAUGACUCCCCCCUCAUUAUUCUAAAACUGUCCAUUUUAGGCCUUCUAAUACAUGAUGUUAGCACAUGCUCAAUUCUAUUACCUGGGGAAAAACAGGAAUCAGCAGGGGUCAGAUGGCUGCCCCUAGGUGCUUCAUCUCUGCACAGCAAGUUUUGCAGACAAAGUAUGCUUAACAAAAAUCACAGAAACUAAUCCCCUGCUAAUUAAGUUAUUGUCACAGAACACAAAUGGCAGCACACCACAGCAUACAGAAUUAAGACUAACGAGCUAUAUUGCAAAGUCUCCUUCUGAUUAAGUAACAAAGAUUCACUUCUGAUCAAACAAUAAGAAUCAAUUUUUGCCUUUUAACAAUCCCUCAAUCUAAAUACUGUUUCAAAUGUGAGCUACAAGCAGGGUUUGCAUACUUCAUGUCAUUUAUUUUUCCCCACCAAAAAAAGUUACAAAUCCAUAAAAAAUCCCAGCCGGUACUAUACAGCAACACCUGUCCUUCUCAGAAGAGUUCUAGUGGUACCACUUAGAAUAACAUUUCUCUAGAGUUAACAUCCCUGCAGCAGAAAUAUUUGUAUGUACUUGCCUCCAUGUAAAUGUGCUGUGUUCUCUGCAGACUCUGUUACUAUUGUACAUCAGGUGAAAGCAGCACCGGAGGUUGAUUCAUUUUGCCUCUCUUGUAAGAUGCACCUACGCGAUCCCAGUUGUCAGCUAUUGAUUUUUUAACUUAACAUCUCCCUGGCUACAGUAUUUCUGUUUGUUGGCAUUCAUGAUCAGAAUAGCUACUAAAGCUAGUGCAACCCCUAGGCUUGGAGGGCCACACGGACUGAACUCCUGAGCAAUUCCAGAAAGAAGCGGAGCAACUAUACGUCCCACUGAUGUCACGGAUUGUCCAACACCCAGGAGCGUACCGCUGGCCUCGUUCCCACCAAUGGUCAACUCGAGGUCAAUGAUACAAGUACGACCUAUGGUAGUUGAAAAGGCCAAGAACGUGGAAGACAAAAUGACCAUCCAUAUGCUCAGCGCUGAUGCGUACAGGAGAAUCAACGUGCAGGUGAAAGUGCUGGAGUGCAACAAAAUUCUGUAAGUGUUGUGCUGAUAGAGUCUCGUUAUUGGUCCAAGCAGACAACCAGCCAGGACUCCGAGUGCACUGCUAUAACUCAACAGGUAGCCAGUGAGCAAGGGUUUCACCCCAAAUCUCUCCUCCAAGGCCAGACUAAAAUUGCUGUAGUACAGCAGUAUGGCAACAGACAUCAGCAAUCGCACUAAAAAUAUAUCCCACAGGUCAGAGCAAGCAAUUUCUUUAAUCCUCUUCAGCACUGUUGCAGCUUGGAUCCACGGAGACUGGAAAAGACUGUCGUUUGCCACAGCUCCAUUAGCAGCUGAUUUCAAGCACAGGUCACCAUCUGCUUUUGCUGAGAAACUGCCUUUCUCUUUCUCGCCUUGUUGACGCUCCACAUUGCCAGUGUUUUCUUCGCUCCAGGGUAACAUCCAGACGAGACCUAUAUAGAUCAAGAAAUUAGUUGAUUUCAUUCCAUUGCAUUGACUUUACAUGGAAGACAUUGGUCUGACUGCAACAGUUUACUUAAAGAUCAAAAAGGACUCUAUCAACUCAGUGUAAAAUAUUACAAAGAUUAAGUCUCGUGUUAUUCACAGUAUCAGUUUGAUUUUAAAUGUGGUGAAAGCAAAGAAGGGCAACGCUGAGGUGACACACUCACAACACAUAAGCAAAUCUAAAGGCUAAAGCCAAAAUUCUGACUUCUAGUCUUUGUCUUUGGACACAUGAAAAAUUCCCAUUUCCAUGUCUGAACGUAAAGGUGAACCACACAAUAAAAAGGAGAAGCAUCUGGAGGUUGUUUCCAAAUUCCUGCCCUUCCAUACAGGUUAAAAUUCAAAGGGUGUGCUGAAUGGUAUAUAGCACAUGUCACAGAUGAUAAACACACCAUGAGUUCAAGGGAUUACAAACGACAGAAAACCACAAAAGUGAGGAAUGAAAGGAUCCAAGAUAUGAAAUACGACACACAACUCACCAGCGUUCAGAAGGAAGAUGGAGGCACAGAUGAAGGACGUUCGAUAGAAGCCAUCUUCCAGCUCUGUGAGGUAGCCUCCAACAACAGGUCCCAGAAUGAAGCCCACACCAGAGGCUGCGUUGAAGCGUCCCAUUACUAAAGGACGGUCUCUCUCAGAAACCAAGUCAGACAGCAGAGCCUUGGAGAUGGAGAGAGUGUGUUUGAAAAUACCUGCAACAUAAUAUAAACAAAGUAAUAAACAUCUAUUGCUCAGUCCAAAAGAUUUAAAAUGACAGAAGUUAUGUGAAAUAUCAAUGUUCAAAAUCUAUUUUUAAGAUUCCAUAAAACCACAAAUUCUUUAAUGUUAGAGUCAUGCAGCACAUUGGACAAUGACUAUCAUCACAGCUGUUUAAGGAUUUGGACCUAGGAAUCAAAAUUAUUGUUGAAGGGAUCCUCUUGCUGAAAAGGACAAGUAACCAAGUUGAGUGCUGAAGCACACUAGCAAUAGAAUAGUCACUAAAAUAGGAAAUUAUCGGUGGGUGAUGGUGGAGUAGGAAUGACUUGUCUGUUUACGAACAUAGCUCUGUACCAACUUUGCUGAGUAUGAAGAUUUCCAGGAUUCUAACACACCAAAAUAACACAGGAAACUGGAGAGUGACAAAAAAAGAACACAGAAAGGUAAGCAUAUUGUAGGUAUACUAAUAAUGCAAUCUUUUAUUUUCCCUCUGGCCAGGCUGGCUCAAUGAGCUGAGGCCAAUUGUAUGAGGUUCAACAAGGCCAGGCGUCGAGUCCUGCACUUGGGCCACAACAACCCACAGGUGGGGCAUGUGUGGCUGGAAAGCUGCCCAGAGGAAAAGGACCUAGGAGUGUUGACUGACAGCUGGCUGAACAUGAGCCAGCAGUGUGCCCAGGUGGCCAAGAAGGCCAAUGGCAUCCUGGACUGUAUCAGAAACAGAGGGACCAGCAGGAGCAGGGAAGUGAUUGUUUCCCUGUACUCAGCCCUGGUGAGGCCGCACCUUGAAUAUUGUGUCCAGUUCUGGGCCCCUCACGACAAGAAGGACAUUGAGGUGCUGAAGCGUGUCCAGGAAACAGACAAUGAAGCUGGUGAAGGGUCUGGAGAACAAGUAUUAUGAGGAGAGGCUGAGGGAGCUGGGGAUGUUUAGUUUGGAGGAGGCUGAGGAGAGACAAGAUUGCUCUGCACAACUACAUAAAAAGAGGUUGUAAUGAGGUGGAGGUCAAUCUUUUGUCCCAAGUAACGAGCAAUAGGACAAGAGGAAAACGCCUCAAGUUGCACCAGGGGAGGUUUAGAUUGGAGAUAUUUAAAAGACAUGAAGAUGAGGUACUGAGGGACAUAGUUUAGUGGUGGGCUUGGCAGUGUGAGGUUAAUGGUUGGACUUGAUCUUAAUUUUUUUUCUAACCAAAACAACUCUAUGCUUUGUUGAAAUUUUUCCGUCACUAAGGUUCAGCUGGUGCUGCUGGGUGAUAAUGCCAUGUAGUGUUCUGGUUUAGCAAGGAGCAGCUUUUGGCUUAGUAACAGGGGGAGCGGGUUGCAGUGAAGACCCGGUAAAGAGUUUGAGGACUCUCCCCCCGGCUCCUGGGUUCAGACCCACCUCCAGCCCGGCUGGGCCAAUCUGGCGCCUCUGCGAUCACUAUUUAGGGAUGGGAAUUUGAAAUGCGAGGCAGGAGGUGUAAGACUGAUACAAGAUGGAGGUGACCACGCGGACCCUUCAGCCAGAGAAGGAGGAAGGAAGGAGAAGCAAUAGACCAGAGACUCGCUCUGCAAGCCGUGGCGAGAAUGCAAGCUGUGCCCCUGCAACCUAUGGAGAUCCGUGGCAGGACCGAGAGUUACCAGCAGCUCCAUGUGAGUGAGCCCGGACGGGCGAGGGACUGUGUGGGGAGACGGCCAUGGCCCAGGCCGUGUUGGAGAGCCUGUGAGCUGCAGAGCAGCCCCACACGAGAGGCAGAGAGGAGCUGCAGCCUUUGGAAUAAGUGCGCGUCGGAGCAGCCCGUGCAGGGCUGCCAUGUGUGUGAGCUACCCCACGGACUUGCAGGGAGGACUGGUGUGGAGUUCACCUGUCCUGAGGAGGGACAAACGGCAGAAGCUAUUGGGAACAGACUAACUGAAACCCCCACUGCCUGCCCCUCGGAACCGUUCAGGGGGAGACAGGGUAAAAACACUGGGAUCAGGGCUCUGAGCCUGGGAAGAGGGGAGGCGUGGCAAGAAGGUGUUCUUAAAAAGGCUGGUUGGACUCUUCAUUGAUGUAUUACUCUGUGUUGUUUCAUUUUGGUUAUGUUUUGGGUUUUUGGGGGUAUGUUUUAGUUGA